UUAAUACGUGAGAAAGGACGAAAAUUUGCUGAACAACUAGGUCUUGACCCCCAAGAUCGUAAUACACCUGAUUUUUCUGUUGGUUGGCUGCUUUCAUUUGAGCAACGUUAUGGUUUUAAAAUGCAUAGAAUUCAUGGAGAAAGCAGAUCUGCUGAUAAUGAAGUAAUCGAAAGAAGUUUGCCUGAACUACCAAUGCAAUGGUGUGUUCGAGCUUGGUAUUCAAUUCCUCCAGAAACUAUCACAAACUGUUUUCCCCAUACUGGCUUGUUUGAUUAUGAAAUAACUGCCUCUACCCGUGAAGUUCACCCAAAUGAUGAAGAUUCAUCUGUUCUCGCAGAGUUGGAAGAAUCACUCAAAACGUUGUCCCCUCGCCACCCUAUGAGCCUUGCUCAUUAUACAAAUCCACCAGAAGAGAUAGAUUUGGUACAUCAAGAAUUUACAGAUGCUGACUUAUUAGCAUCAACAACCCCAGAAAAUGACAAUGAUGCUGAUGAUAUAAAUGAUAGUAGUUCUUCUUUUACUACACCUUCAAACUCUGUUAAACUCGAUGCUAUACGUACUGUGAUUAGUCUUCUUGACACAACUAUUUCUGACCACAAUGCCGUACUUAGAACAUUGCGUUUAUUGCAACGAGACAUUCGGCUUCAAGUUUCCUCCUCAAAGGUUCAAGCGACAUUAGAUAGCUUUAUGCAAGUAGGAUACCAGGAAAAAAAAUUAGAAUUAUUAUCUUAUAUUGUGUUUGACCUUCAAUUAAUUCAUUCGAAUGAUAUUAUUCAUUGUGAUAUUACUCUUUUAUUUAUAAAAACUUUUGCCAUUACUUGGCCUCCAUAUACCGAAGAAGUUAUAAACAAAAAUAUAUUAAAUGUUGCGGCUAUUCUAUAUACCGAAGAAGUUAUAAACAAAAAUAUAUUAAAUGUUGCGGCUAUUCUAUUAUAG